CAGAUUUUGAAGCGUAUUCAACUUCUAUUUGUUUAGGUUUUCGAGGAAUUAAAAACACCCGUUAAUGGCAGACGGAGCAACACCUAAUAGGGUUACUCGAGCCUCUGCCGAUAAAAUGGCUGCUGAAAGGCGUUCCAAGAAUAUCCAUGAUCCUCGUAGAAUUCCAAAUCCACCAAUUGCUAAAUCGUCAAAGAAAAUAGAUGCGGCUACAGUGACGAAGAGGAAAAAAACUACUGAUGUUGUUCCGGCCAGCAAGGGGAAACAAGUCGUAGAGGCUGAAGCAGAAGAAGAUCAAUUACCUGUGAAGAAACAGGACCCUAAAUUCCUUGUUAAAUUUCCUCCAACUCAUCCUAUACGAUAUGCUUCGUACAUGAACCACAAUAUAAAAAAGGACUUGGAGGACAAACUUACAGAAAGACAGCAGCAGCUAUUUUCUAAAACUAUAUUUGGAAAAUACUUGCAGAUGCAACAUUGUGAAGUCCAAGGGGCAAAUUGCUCCUGUUUAAUGGUCAGAGAGCUGAAGAAAAGCACACCUGAUGCUUUUGUUAUUGACAUUAAUGGGACUGAAUUGACAUUUUCUCUAUUUGAAUUUGCGUUAAUGUCCGGGUUAAAGUGUUAUGGUGAAGAAAUCGUUUUUAACGAGGGUAAAAAUGGACUGUUGGAAAAAUACUUUGGUGGUUCCAAAAAAAGCGUAAAAAAAGAUGGAGCUAAAUGA